GUAAACUCAGAAACACGUCUUACUCAGAACGACUUCCUGUUUUCCCGGUCCGAGUCGCCUUCAAACUAAAUUAUUAGUAGUGUGAAUCUAAAAUCGGAUUAAUUAUGAAUACGGUUUUAUCGCGAGCGAACUCGCUGUUCGCCUUCUCCCUCAGCGUCAUGGCGGCUCUCACGUUCGGCUGCUUCAUCACGACGGCGUUCCGAGACCGCAGCGUUCCGGUGGAUAUACACGUCUCCAAAGUGCUGCUGAAAAACGUGGACGACUUCACGGGACCAAGAGAAAGGAGCGAUUUGAGUUUUGUCACGUUUGACCUUUCUGCCGAUCUGCAGCCGAUAUUCGACUGGAACGUAAAGCUGCUCUUCCUCUAUCUGUCCGCCGAAUAUUCAACCAAAAGCAACGCACUGAAUCAGGUGGUUCUAUGGGACAAGAUCGUUCGGAGAGGAGAAAAAGACAAACUUGAGCUGAAGGAUAUGAAGUCCAAAUACUUCUUCUUCGACGAUGGAAACGGUCUGAGAGCGAAUAAGAACGUGACUCUGACUCUCUCCUGGAACGUGGUUCCGAACGCCGGGAUUUUGCCUUUAGUCGUGGGCUCGGGUCACAUCUCGUUGCCGUUCCCUGAUUCGUACGAAAGCACCAAGAGCUACUGAACCUUCCUGAACUGAAUCAUCAUCAUCAUCAUGAUGAACGCUGCGCACUGUUGUUGGUUUUAAUAAAAAAAAUAUAUAAAAGUA